AUGGUCUGUCCUUAGACUGUCUGGAACCUGAUUUAUGCCUCGAACCCGUGACGGACCAUCUCUUCAACCACAAGGAUAUUAAGAUGCGUCUAUCACCACCACCGAGUCUGUUAAGCGGCGAAGAAAGCGAAGCGGUGUUGAAUCUUGCGCAGAUCGAAGAUCUUAUGGAUGAUGACUCACACAAUCCAGUCACCACGGGCGAUCCCAUGCUUUGCUCGUCUCCGACGUCUCAACUUGGAUUAAGUGCAGCCGUAGCUGACGCAGCUGACCGAGCCAUGUUGCACAUAGACCUCUCGCACCAUCACAGUGAUUCUUCCCUCCUCGGCGAGUCCUCCCUGGGUGGCGUGGGAUUAGGAGAUAGCUCUCUCCCACUUCUUUUGGGACAUCACCACGCGCCACACCAUUCCAACUCCCACGCCCAUCACUGCUUUGACAUGGAUCUAAGUGCGUAA